AUGUCUCCUGAACCUGACAAAUUAAGCACAAUAGAGCCCACGGCAGGCUCUUCCCAAGUACGGUGGCAGUUCAUCAACGCCUCGGGUAACAGCCGCAAUAACCUAACUCAAGUCAAACGUCAUGUCAUGCAAGAAUAUAUGCGACAAAAGCGACAGGCUGCAGGCCAGUCUGACAUCGAUGCUGAUGAGACCAUAGGGGAAGGCGGCCGCAAACCUUCCAGGUCACGUCGGAAAGCCAAGGAUAGCAGCCAUCGCGAUGACCCCGCCGACACAAGGCCCAAGGUAGAGAUUGACGAAAAUGCUGAAGAUACUGCGGCCAACAUCGUGCACCAACAUGGAUCCGAAACAACCUCAACUCAUCCAAUCAGUGAACAUAACAUCACCGAGGUCGUGGAAAACUUUAGUGCAGAAGUCGGCGCUUACCCAAAGUCCGAAUCAUCCGUUUCAUUACCGAUCCGGGACAGUCAAAUGUCCAGCUACAGCAGCUCCUCAUCGGAUUCCCGUAUAUGGUACUCGGCGACGUCGCAAAGCAGUAGCUCAGAGCUGGGAAGCUUGACGCCACGGUCCUCCGCCCCGACCUCCCCGUAUGAAGUGGCGCUAUCUCCGAAAACAGUACUCAGCGCCGCACGUACUGAUCCUUUCAACACCUUACCACUGGAGUUGGACCUUGACGGCCAGCGGUUGUUCGAUUUCUAUGUCAACGAGAUGCCCGCUUGCUCUUACGGGAAUCAUUUUCGAUCUUCUAAAGCGCACAAUUGGUACACAGCAGUCUUCGUUCCUGAAGGGAUGAAAGGGCCGGUGGCGUUUCAGAAUACCAUCCUUGUCCAUGCAGCUAAUACGUGGACCUGGGUUCGUAAUCAGGAGGUGGACGAACGAGGUCUGAUUCAUCGCGACCGGGCCAUUUCCAUGCUUCGCGAACACCGGGAGAGACACCCUCACGACUUCUCCGAUGAAGUAAUCAUAGCUUGUCUUAGUGCUGCCGGACUUGAAGAUUUCGAUCCCCGCCCUGGACGCAAGCAAAUCAGCUGGCUUCAUAUGCGCGCUGCAAGAGAGAUGAUCCGGGCCCGCGGCGGUCCCGCUGCAUUUCAUAAUACUCGACUCGGAAUGCUGAUAAAUUGGCAAGAUUACAUCCUCUCGGGCUAUGAGACUGAAGGACCGAGUUUCUUCUUUGAUGCUGCACCACCGAUGGUACAGCCAAAUGAGAGACGUGCCUCUGAGCAGCAACCAGCUACAAUGACGCAGCCUAUGAUGGCUUCGUACCCGGUUCCAGUCGAGCUAAGCCUCUCCUGGCCUCGACCAUUACUUCCAUACGAAGAGAUUCAGAAUCAAUGCGAUGAAUUCAUAACCUUUCUCAAACGGUGUCAACAGCUUUCGGCCUAUCAAGCGAGCACUACUGACGUCAAUUUGCUACAAAUGCGCCACACUGCCUUCCGAGAGGGGUCACUUCUACACCAAAUCCUGGCGGCGCCUCCAGGGGCGCGCUUCACUGCAUCUGGCAACCGCAAACAGUUCGUUGCGCGGCUGGUUGCCCUGCUCAUGCUCAACGCGGCCCUCUGGGACUACCGACAUUCCGCGCCGCACAGCGAGACGUUCCUUCAGACGCUGCAGCAGGCGGUGGUGGACAGCGAGGUGAAUAUGAGCGGUUCCGUUGAAGCACUGCUGCAGAUCUUGCUCGAAUGCAAUGACGGAUCUGUCAACACGACCAGCGACAGUUGCAGCCAAGGACCGGAUUUCACGCAAUACUCCCAGACCGCAAACACCCAAUACCAUCGGCCAUGGUUCGCUGGUCGGAUGCUCAAGGUCGCCAAGCGCCUCAGUUAUGAGUCUUGGAUGCACGUCAACUAUAUCCUCUUCUCUUGCCUGACUAUGCAACCAGGCACGCCAAAUGUUGCUCUGUGGGAAGAUAGCCUUCGACAGGAGAUCCUUCACGCGCCGCUCACCAAGUAUAUCAUGUCCUCUUUGGAAGAGCUAUGA